AUGUGGGCGCCGCUGGAGCGACCCAGCGAGGCUUUGCCCCUGCUCCAGGAGACCAAAGAGUCGGAGUCUGAGAACAAGCUGGAUGGAGAGACAGCGUCAGACAGCGAAAGCAAAUCCGAAUUCGGAGGGUCUCCCCCGGUGCCGACGUCGGAUGACACUCCGGAGGUCCUGAACAGAGCUCUCUCCAACCUGUCCUCAAGAUGGAAGAAUUGGUGGGUGAGAGGCAUCCUCACGCUGGCAAUGAUCACCUUCUUCUUCAUCAUCAUCUACUUGGGACCCAUGGUCUUAAUGACGAUAGUGAUGUGUGUCCAGAUCAAAUGUUUCCAUGAGAUUAUCACGAUUGGCUAUAACGUGUACCACUCGUAUGACCUGCCCUGGUUCAGGACGCUCAGCUGGUACUUCCUGCUCUGCGUAAACUACUUUUUCUAUGGUGAGACUGUGACAGAUUAUUUCUUCACCCUGGUUCAGAGAGAGGAGCCCCUGCGAAUUCUCAGCAAAUACCACCGCUUCAUUUCUUUCGCCCUAUACUUAACAGGUUUCUGCAUGUUUGUCUUGAGUCUGGUGAAGAAACACUAUCGCCUCCAGUUCUACAUGUUUGGAUGGACCCAUGUGACGUUGCUCAUUGUUGUUACCCAGUCGCACCUCAUCAUUCACAACCUGUUUGAAGGAAUGAUAUGGUUCAUCGUCCCCAUUUCCUGUGUGAUCUGCAACGACAUCAUGGCCUACAUGUUCGGGUUCUUCUUCGGCCGCACGCCGCUCAUCAAGCUCUCCCCAAAGAAGACCUGGGAAGGGUUUAUUGGAGGAUUUUUUGCCACCGUUUUGUUUGGAUUGUUGCUGUCCUACGUGAUGUCUGGGUACCGGUGCUUCACCUGCCCCGUGGAGUUCAACAAUGACACCAACAGCUUCACGGUGGACUGUGAGCCCUCCGAGCUGUUCCAGCUGCAGGAGUACAACAUCCCCUUGGUGCUGCAGUCCGUGGUGGGCUGGAAGACAGUCCGGAUGUACCCCUUCCAGAUCCACAGCAUCGCACUCUCCACUUUCGCCUCCCUCAUCGGGCCGUUCGGAGGCUUCUUCGCCAGUGGGUUCAAGAGGGCCUUCAAAAUCAAGGACUUUGCCAACACGAUCCCCGGGCAUGGAGGUAUCAUGGACCGCUUCGACUGCCAGUACCUGAUGGCGACCUUUGUCAACGUGUACAUCGCAAGCUUCAUCAGAGGUCCCAACCCGAGCAAACUGAUCCAGCAGUUCUUGACCUUGCGGCCAGACCAGCAGCUCCACAUCUUCAACACGCUCAAAGCACACCUGGUCGACAAGGGCAUGUUGGGCACGUUGGAGGAGGCGUAG